CUCCGUUCACCCUCACAACCACCCACAGCGUCUUCCGCCAUGUCCUUCCAGCCGGUGCACCCUCAGCCCUUCACGCCCGCCGAGGCGGCGCAGCUGGACGUCGGGACAAUCGUGGCUGAGAUCGCGCGCCUCCGUAACUCGCUCUCCCACCUCAUUGCGACGCAGGGCGAGCUGCGUUCCGCUCUCGCUGAAGAAGAGGACGCGGAUCUGCGGUCGGCGUUGGACGAGAACGAGGGGGUCAUCGCGAGCCAGAGCGAGCGCGUCGAGAUGCUCCGCUCGGUGUUGAUUGACAAGGUGGGCGCUGAGAGUCUGGCGCACUACGGCAUCGAGCCGCCACCAACGCAGUCUCCGGCACAGACGAACGGGAGCGUCGCCAACGGUGCUCCCACCGCAAGCGAAGACGAGGGCAUGCACCUGUAAACAAGGGCGGGAAUGUGUAUGAGGAGCGUGUGGGGUAGUAUAAUGUGAUGCUUAGAAGCGGCUAGAUGCUAGAUAGGACUACAGAUAUCCCCUCCCAGUGCCUUUGGGGAAGGCGCGCACAGCAGCGGGCUCGAGGCGGAACUGAACGGCCUUGUCCCUGCUCACUGCUGGCCCCACACCGGCGGGGACUGGGACAGCCGAGAUCUCGCCGCUGACCUCGCCUGAGCGUGGUGUCAACCCCGAUACGCGCCACCACGGCCCGAGGCGGAUUAGCCGCCGCGUAAGAUCCUCGUUCUCGUGCGCCGUUGAGAUGAGGCAUCCCCCUGACGUGCGCACAUCG